CUGCGGUAGGACAGAAUGGCUGCAGCUGCGGACUCGUUUUCCAGUGGUGGCUCAGCGGCCGUGCGGUUGCCGCGGUCGCCGCCGCUGAAGGUGCUGGCGGAGCAGCUGCGGCGCGACACAGAAGGUGGCCCGGGCGCGUGGCAGCUGUCGCGGGCGGCAGCGGGCCGCAGACCGCUGGAGCUGGUGGCCGUGUGGAUGCAAGGCACGGUGGUGGCAACGGGCGACGGAGAGGCCCGGCUGUGGGACCCGAGCGGGGCCUUCUCCGUGCGCGGCCUGGAGCGGGUGCCCCGCGGGCGGCCCUGCGUCACCCCAGGAAAGUAUGUGAUGGUAAUGGGAGUGGUGCUAGCCUGCAGCCCUGAACCGUGCCUUCUGGCGGUGAAGAUGACAGAUCUUUCUGAUAAUCCCAUCCAUGAAAGAAUGUGGGCACUGGAAGUGGAAGAUUUACACAGGAGUAUUCCGUAGAUGAUGUCAGAACUGUCCUUAAAAAUUUCUGAAAUUCAUGGAACAAGAUUUAGGUUCUUACAACUUCGUGGAUUUCAUGGACUUUGUUCAGUAUGCGUUUCUCAAAAGUUUCUCUGAGACCUUUGCUUUGGUGACCAAGGAGUCUAGAUGUAGGAGUUUUUAAUUCCUGGUUCUCCAGUUCACACAGCCUCCGCUGCCCCGCUGUGACUGUGCUUGCUGAUGAGAAGCAGAUUCUGUGUUUGUUUUCAUUUUUUUCCUGGUUUGUGUGUGUUAAUUCUCUCUCUGAAGCGCUCAGAAAUCUCAUGUUGCAUUUUCCAAAUUUUCUGAGUGAUGAUACUUUUUCCAUUACUGCUACAUGUCUGUUCUGAGGCAAAAUUUGAAUCUCAGUCAUUGCCUGUGGUGAUUAAAGUAUGGUUAUGGGCAGGAAUGACGACAUGGCUCCUUGUUGUCCUUGUCAACAACUGCCACAUCCAGUUUGCAAGUCAAAUGGCAUUUCCUAAUGCCAAGCGCAGCAGCCCUCAAGGACACAGCUCCCUUUCUGCUAUGGACGCUGCUCAGACACUUAAAGUCCAUUUCUCUCAGUAGGGAAGUUGACACCUUCUUUCUCUCAGAGAUGUUAAGCCGUUUUCAGAUUUUUUUAGAGAUAGAGUCUCACUUUAUUGCCCUUGGUGGAGUGCUAUGGCGUCACAGCUAACAGCAACCUCCAGCUCUUGGGCUUAGGCGAUUCUCUUGCCUCAGCCUCCCAAGUAGCUGGGAACACAGGCACCCGCCACAACACCCGGCUGUUUUUUUUGUUGCAGUUUGGCCGAGGCUGGGUUCGAACCCGCCACCCUUGGUAUAUGGGGCUGGCAUCCCACCCACUGAGCCAUAGGCGCCGCCCAGAUUUUCUUGAUAAAAUUAAAAAAUCAAGGUUGAGGGCGGCACCUGUGGCUCAAAGGGGUAGGGCACCGGCCCCAUAUGCCAGAGGUGGUGGGUUCAAACCCAGCCCUGGCCAAAAAGUGCAAAAAAAAAAAAAUCAAGGUUGAGAACAACUUUCAGGGCUUAGCUAAACUUCUACCUCAUAACUUUUGGCCAGAUACCACAAGGGAACAGCCUCCUGCUUGGAGCUCUUGCAUCUUUUUCUGUGGAAUGACUUUUUGUCAUGCUUCAUGGAAUGUUGGGUUUCUGCAGUCUGCCUUAUGCCUGAUUUUCCUUUAGAUUGUAAAUCUCUGAGUCAGAUCAUGUCCUGACAUUGCUGUACAGUUUUGCCUGGAUGAAUGAUAUUCCAACAAUUCUAAUAAAUUGUUUCAU